GCGUUCAGUUGCAAGCGUUUCGCGGCGAGCUACAAAACGCUCGCAAAACUUCAACACUUCACGUCAACUCAUUCCAUUUACGCGAUAAAGUUCCCAACGAACUCAAGUCAACGGAAAUCGUUGAAGUUACUCGUUGGCAAAGUUAUUCGCACCCAAAAAGGAUUAAGUGCCGUGCAAAAAAGGAUAUUCAAGUGAAAUAGAAACAAAUAAUUAUAUUUUAAUAAAAUGUGGCAAGUGUUAAUAAAAAUAUCGCUGCUGUCGCUGUGCUGUGCUGCUGCAACCGUCCCUGGCAAACCGUCGAGCAGCGUUCGUCAUUUUCCCAAUGAUUUUCUGUGGGGCGUCGGUUCGUCCUCGUAUCAAAUCGAAGGCGGUUGGAAUGCGGAUGACAAAGGGGAAUCCAUUUGGGAUUAUUUGACACAUCAGAAUCCCGAAAAGAUUGUCGAUCAAUCCAAUGGCGAUAUCUCAGCCGAUAGUUAUCAUCAGUGGCGUCGCGAUGUCCAAAUGGUGAGGGAACUGCAUGUGACCUCGUAUCGUUUCUCUUUGUCCUGGCCUAGGAUUAUGCCCGGUGGCUACAUGAAUCAAGUGAGCACCGCUGGCAUCAAGUACUAUAGCAAUCUGAUCGAUGAGUUGUUGCGCUACAACAUCACACCCAUGGUGACCAUCUAUCAUUGGGAGUUGCCGCAACGUCUGCAGGAACUUGGUGGCUGGACAAAUCCCGAGAUCAUACCCGUCUUCCAGGACUAUGCUCGCUUGGUGCUCGAGAUGUACGGAGAUCGUGUCAAGAUCUGGACCACCAUCAAUGAGCCGUGGCAUGUGUGUGAGCAUGGCUAUGGUGUCGACUACAUGGCACCUUCCUACAACUUCCCGGGAAUUCCUGCCUACCUCUGUGGUCACAAUCUGCUCAAGGCGCAUGCUGAGGUCGUUCACAUGUAUCGCAAUGAGUUCCAGCAGCGUCAGGGUGGUCGCAUGGGCAUUACCCUGGACACCUCGUGGCCAGAGCCCAGAGAUCCUGAUUCGGCCGAGGAUCGUGAGGCUUCCGAGCGUGCCAUGCAAUUCUAUGUGGGCUGGUUUGGACAUCCCAUCUUCUCGAAGCACGGCAACUAUCCCAAGGUAAUGAUCGAACGCAUUAGAAACCUCAGCAAGCAACAGGGAUUCGGUGCACGCUCUAGGUUGCCCGAAUUCACCAUGGAGGAGAUACAUCGCAUCAAGGGCACCUCAGACUUCUUUGGCAUCAACUCGUACACCAGCAAUCUGGUCAAUUCGAAUGGUCACAACAACACCGGCAAGUUCCCCAUACCAUCGUUCAAUCACGACAUGGGCGUUGUUGAGAGUCAAGCUGGUGUGGACUGGCCCGGCUCCGGAUCUGUUUGGCUUAAGGUCUAUCCCAAGGGCAUGUACAAUCUGCUGAUGUGGAUACAUCGCGAAUACAAUGGACCCGAGAUCAUUGUCACGGAGAACGGCGUCAGUGAUCGUGGUGGACUGGAGGAUUAUGCUCGUGUGGAUUACUACAAUUUGUACUUGUCAGCGGUGCUGGAUGCCAUGGAGGACGGCGCCAAUGUCAGUGGCUACAUUGCCUGGAGUCUCAUGGACAGCUACGAGUGGAAGGCGGGCUACACCGAGAAGUUUGGUCUCUACCACGUUGACUUUAACUCACCGAAUCGCACACGCACUCCCAAGAUCUCUGCGAGAGUCUUUUCUAAUAUCUGCAAGACUAACUCCAUCGACUGGAGCUAUCGUCCCACCCUGAACGAUGAGCAGCUUGUCGUCGCCGCUCGCCUUCCUGCGGAGAGCAUGGAACCCAAUUCAGCCUCAACUCUUAACUGGAGUCUGUCGCUUUUUUUGGCCAUCUUGCUGGCGUGGCAUUGCUAGAAAAACAGGGCUCGACUCUUUCUAAAUGUUGUUGCAAAGUAUUCUUAAUUCUAGCGUUCUAAGCUUCUCUCUAACGAAAUGUUAUUGUGUACAUACUUCGUAUAUAUAUUUAAGAAACAAAAAAAGAACUCAAAUGAAUAAAAUUGUUGUGAUAUUUGC